UGCAAUGGAACGAAUAUGGUUUCUGCUGCUUCUAAUGAUUAGAGUGCUUCCAGGGUCUGCUCAGUUCAAUAGCUACAACUGUGAUGCCAACCUCCACAGUAGAUUUCCUGCUGAAAGAGACAUCAAUGUCUACUGUGGGGUGCAGGCCAUUACAAUGAAGAUUAAUUUUUGCACAGUGCUUUUCUCUGGCUAUUCUGAAACUGAUCUGGCACUGAAUGGGCGGCAUGGGGAUUCCCACUGCAGAGGGUUCAUCAAUAACAACACCUUUCCUGCAGUGGUCAUUUUCAUCAUCAAUCUCAGCACCUUGGAGGGUUGUGGAAACAACUUGGUGGUAUCUACAGUUCCUGGAGUGAGUGCUUAUGGAAACGCAUCUUCAGUACAAAUAGGGAAUAUCUCAGGUUAUAUUGAUACACCAGAUCCACCAACAAUCAUCAGCUAUCUGCCUGGACUUCUUUACAAAUUUAGUUGUAGUUAUCCACUGGAAUACCUGGUUAAUAAUACCCAGCUUGCUUCAUCCUCAGCUGCUAUUUCUGUGAGAGAGAACAAUGGUACCUUUGUCAGCACUUUGAACCUGCUCCUUUAUAACGACUCAACCUACAGUCAGCAGUUAAUUAUCCCAAGUAUAGGAUUACCUUUGAAAACCAAAGUAUAUGCAGCUGUACAAGCCACUAAUCUGGAUGGCAGAUGGAAUGUCUUAAUGGAUUAUUGUUACACGACCCCAUCUGGGAAUCCAAAUGAUGAUAUUCGUUAUGAUCUCUUCCUUAGCUGUGACAAAGAUCCUCAGACUACUGUAAUUGAAAAUGGCAGAAGCCAGCAUGGCCGAUUUUCCUUUGAAGUGUUCCGAUUUGUCAAACACAAAAAUCAGAAAAUGUCCACUGUCUUCCUACACUGCGUUACCAAGCUCUGUAGAGCUGAAGACUGCCCCUUCCUUAUGCCAACUUGCAGCCACAGAGAAAAGAGAGAUUCAGGGAGGAGGACAACUUGGAGCGCCCAGAGCACUUCUGGAAAUGCUGUCCUGUCUGCGGGUCCCAUCAUUACUCGGAGCGAUGAAACUCCAACCAACAACUCUCAGCUUGGUUCUCCAAGUGAAACUCCUUUCCAGCUGAAUGCUAUCACCAGUGCCCUGAUAUCAGGAAUGAUCAUUCUGGGAGUCAUGAGCUUUGCCCUUCUUCUCUGCUCAUUGGCCCUUCUACAAAGAAAGACACCUGCCAGUUUGGUGUUAAAUGGCAUAAGAAAUCCAGUCUUUGACUGAAUGUAGUAGGCCCCUGGUCUAGGGAGAAGGCUUCACUGAGUAUACUGUAUGUGACUACAGUCAGUGUUCCAUCUAAACUGACUGCCAGCCAGCAUUUGAUAUAUGUAGGUUGAAUAGUUUUCACAGUGUAGCUUGUCAGCCAGAGAUAGUGAAAGAAUUUGAUAAUAUUGUUCUUGUCACUUAUAUAUGUGGUCUGUCCUAUUUGUAUGGCAUCAAUGAGUUUACUGACAAUCAGAACACAUCAGGACUCAGAUCCUAUAGAGUCAAGCAUACUUCAUUUUAUUUCAGUUUUCUUUUCAUCCUUGGUUCUAGGGAUAAAAGGUUGGCAGAAAAUAAAAUGGAAUUGUUUGCACUUUCCCCCAAAGUAUUAAAUCUCAACAUGAUGGCAUUUAAUAUGUAGUUCCAAAAUGAAAGCUGGUUUUUGUUUUAUUCCAGGUAUAUUAAGCUUAGGGAUAUGCCAACUUGGACACCGGAGAUAUAAUUACUUGUUCUAUACACUCUUGUGUUUUUGGCUGAUUUCCAUGCCUGAUGACUUUUGUUUUUAAUAUAUAGAGUGAAAUACAGAGAGGGAGCCAUAUGUAAGGUGAGGCAGAGAGAAAAGGCAACUAUGAGCACAAUUCUACUGUUGGUGAAGCUUCUUCCCUGCUGGUGCUCUCAUGUGGUGGCUGGAGGUUUGUGCCUGGCUUGAACAUGGUGAUGUGUAUGUUCUUACAGGUGAGCUGUCCCCUAGCCCACAUGAUAUUCUAACUCUUAAGAAGCCUUGUUGGAAAUAGAGCUUCACCUAGAGCAUUCGCUUAUGUAACAAAUAGUAAAAACAUUCCUUAACUUCCAGCAAAAUACUAAAUGAACCUAAACCAUUAUUCAUUUGGACAGGAAAGGCUGGGAUCAGUUUUGCCCAUUGAUGUGAGAACUCCAGUGCAUGCUGUUACUUCUCCCAAGGAACCAGCUCAGCUGCUGUAACAGCUAUGUGUCUAGCAGUGAGACAACUGCAAAGAGCAUUCUUAAUUCAAAACUCUUUUAUGGGAAAGCAAACUAACCGUAGGAAGAAGACAUUUUCAUGACCAUUAAAGAAAUCAUUUUAUGGGCCAGGUGGUGGCAUGCCUGGUUGAGCACAUACAUUACAGUGCACAAGGUUCAAGACCCUGGUGUCCACAUACAGAGAGGAAGCUUCACAAGUGGUGGGCUACAGGUGUCUCACUGUCUUUCUCCCUCUCUUCGCCCCCUACAUGCUCAGCUUUUCUCUAUCUCUAUCCAAUAAAUAAAGUUAAUAAAAAACUUAAAAAAUCAUUUUAUUAGGAAGGAGGUAAAAGGUUUACAAAAUAGCUGUUGACACAUUGGUAAAAUUUAUUAUCAUGCAUGAUAAAGUGUCUGCAAAACACUCACUACUACCCUUCCCCCACACCAGUUUAGAACUUUUUCCACCAUCUCAACACCAGAACCACAGUGCUCUUUUCAUCCAUUGAAAUCCCCUUCCAUGUGUCCUUUGCUUUGGCCCCAUGUGAGUUUUCAGGAAACUAGAUCCGUUUUAUUCCUACAAAAAAAAAAGGAAACAGGCUAAAGGAGUUUUGCAGAACUUUGUUGGAGUCUCCAUAAAAAAAAUGCUUCUGUACCUACAAACUUCUGAUGUUGGCAAAACAAAUAGUUUGGAGGAGGCUUUCUUUUUAAAGUGUUUUCUUGAUGAUAUAAUCAUUGCCAUGGAUAAAAGUUUCAUCCCUCUAACAAUACACUGAAAGAAUUUUACAAUUUUACAAAAAAUAAUAACCAUGUAUUAAGCAAUCCAUAUCCUUCAUAAAAGUAAAAAUCAACCAAAUAACACCAUCAAUUUUUUAAAAUUUUUUAUUUAUAAAAAGGAAGCACUGACAAAAACCAUAGGAUAAGAGGGGUACAACUCCACACAAUUCCCACCACCAGAAUGUCAUAUCCUAUCCCCUUCCAUGAUAGGUGAUAGCUUUACUAUUCUUUGUCCAUCUGGGAGUAUGGACCUAGGGUCAUUAUGGGGUGCAGAAGUUGGAAGGUCUGUCUUUUGUAAUAGCUUCCCUGCUGAGCAUGGGCAUUGGCAGGUCGAUUCAUACUCCCAGAUUGUCUCUCUCUUUCCCUAGUGGGGCAGGAUUCUGGGGAAGCAGGGCUCCAGAAUACAUUGGUGGGGCGUCUGCCCAGGGAAGUCCAGCUGACAUUAUGUUGGCAUCUGGAAUCUUAUGACUGAAAAAAGAGUGAACAUAUAAAGCCAAACAAGUUGUUGACUAGUCACGAACCUAAAGGCUGGAAUAGUUAAGCUGAAAAGUUGGGGGGGGGGUCCUCCAUUUUGUAGAUAGUAAUCCUAUUUUAGUUAUGUUCCAGAGAGCCCAUGACUAUACUAGUUUUUUUUUUUUUUUUCCUGAGUCUGACAUCUGAUAUGCAGGUGAAAGACAAGAUACUCUAUGUUCCACCUGAGAAAGAUGGGCCCUGAUGUUGGGGCAGCUUGGAACAUUCCUACUCAUGACCACAGAAUGUGAGCUCAGAUCUCCAGGGAUGCAGAGGUCACAUAGGCUCCUAAGCUGAAUAUAGACCCCAGAUCAGAUCAAAUUGAUGGAGUUUAUAGUCAACAAUAUUUAUACACCUUUCCCAUAUUUGGGAGCUACUCUUUUCCCUAAUCCAGCUUUCUGGUCUUUUUUCCAGCCAUGACAUCAUCUCUACAGAAAAAAAAAAUUAUUCAACCAAUCUACAAAGCUGAUUAAAUGAGAAAAUAAAUAGUUGGUGACAUACACCAAAACAGCCUGUGUAGCUUGUAGAAGUGCUAUUUUUUACUGUAAAAACUGUUGAGACUAAUUUUUAUUCAACAUGUGUGAUUCAAUAUUCAGGACAUAAUUUACUGUACUGAAUGCAAAUUGCUGUGUAAUUUAAGAUUUCUUUCAAAUGAAGUUCUCCAGUCUUAGGUUAAUAAUUAACUCAAUCACCAAAUCAAAAAUAAAUAAAUAACCCUUUUCUCCAGUUUGUCCAAAUAGUUCACCAGAACAUAUUCAUAUUAAAAAUAAUCAACGACAUAGUUGAUUCAACUUUCUAUUUGAAAGUGCAUAUAUAGAAAGGAUGAGAUUGGAUCUGGAAAGUAUUUGGUAUUUUUUUAAUAAAGACAGAAAUUGAGAGGAAAGUUGAAAGUAUGUAGGGAAAGAGAGAAACACUUGCGGUACUGAUUCAUUGAUUGCCAAGUUUCCCCUAUGUAGUUGAGGACUCAGGGCUUGGUCCCAGGUCUUUGUGCAAUCUACCAAUCUACCAGAUGCGCCACUAUCUGUACCCAUUCCUUUGGAUAAUUUCUUUUAUAUAAAGAAGUCUAGCAUUUGAAAAUCCCAUUUCCUCUUCCCUUUGUUAUUAAAUUAACUUUGAAGUGAUCAUCUAGAACUUUAUCUGUGUUAACAAAUUUUCUAAUUCAAAGGUAAAAAUUCUACAGUAAAAAACUGGACCACACUACUUAGGUGACCCUAGUAUAUUGGUAUUACUGAACUCUUCUGCUAAAUCAAUUUCAGAUACUUUGUGUGAAUUGCCUUUUAUUUUAGAAUCAUGAUGGAUGAAUAGAACAUUUUAUUAAGGAAUUGAGGUGUUAGUUUGAUUUUUGUGCUUUUGAGAUGACUACUAUUUCGUGCUGAUCUUUUAAAUUCUUUACACCUUACAAUAAAACUGAAUAAUGGUCAUAUUAUUUUGUAAACAACCUGAUUUUAUACCACUUUUGCCACCUUUUCAUUAUAAAUGGGAGACAAAUCAGGUUUGUUCUGUAUAACUUUGUCUUUAUAGACCUGCAGUUGUAUGCUGUGUUUAGUUAUAUUGAAUAUUCCAAUACCAUAGUGCGAAAACCUCACAAAAUACAUGCAAAUGUUCCUUCAGUUUUAAUACCUCAAACUGUUUUUUGCACUUCAGGGGUAAGGUAUGAUGACAUGUAAAAGAUGAUUGUUAAAUAAAAUAAUUGUUAAUCAA